GUCACAGGGGGCCUCGAUUUCGUUGACAUGUUAUGAAAGUAUAGACACCGACUCGGCGUAGAUCUCCCGCCCCCUCUGUCAUGCAGUGUCAGCCAGCCUCGUUUCUGCUCAAAGCAAGAUGGCAGAGGUCCAGAAAGGGAUAGAGAGGGAGGAGGAUUAUGUCAUUAUCCGUGAGGUGUAUGAGCAUGAAGAGGCCCAAGAAGAGUUCGAAAGUGAGCUGGAAAUUGCACUCGACAAACAAGCCAACAUUAUUAUUAUAGAGCCAUCAAAGCUUGGGGAUGAAACUGCUCGCUGGAUUACCGUAGGCAACUGUCUUCACAAGACAGCUGUGCUGGCAGGACUUAGCUCUAUAGUCUCGGGGCUGGUGUGGCCAGAUAAGCCGAUCAUCAGCGCCCCUCUGUGUGCCGUCAGCCUUACCUGUGCUGGAAUCUAUGCAAUCUCCUGGCAGUUUGACCCCUGCUGUAAAUACCAAGUAGAACAUGAUGUCAAAAGAUUACAGAAACUGCCUCUGCAUCAGUUGACUUCUAGCUCACCAGUAGUGCUACUGAGGCGAGAUGACUCAAAGAGGAAAGCAUUACACAAUCUGUUUUCUCUGUCUGCCACUGCUUUGUGUGCUUGGAAGUUUUAUCAAUGGUAUUAUAGGUAGGAAAUUAUGAAUGAAGUUAGUGUGAAGAGAUGUAUGGAUUACAUGCUGGUUUUCAGUGGUAAGGUUCUGCUGUCUUUACCACAUAGGAUGUGAUAUUCCAUGGAGAACUGCGUUCCAGUGUAAAUUUCCCGGUCAGUUUGAUCAUUCAUAUAACUGUGUUAACUCUGUUGAUGUCAUUUGUCAAUUAAUGGAUAUCAUAUGGUUCACACUUGGAUCUUGAUUAUUCUUUUCACAUUUAAUCAAAACCUUGCAUUUUGUGACCAGUAAACAGAAAAUGACAAAAGCGACUUUCCAAUAAUUUACAAAGAUGUGCUUUGACUGUUCUCAGCGGACAAGUCCAGGUGACAGGUAUAUUUCUGGUUCAAGUUCAUACACAAUUCUGAAGAAACUAAGGACAGGCUGGUGAUGCCCGGUUUUAAUAGCAUGAAGUUGUCAACCCAGAUAUUGUUUCCAUGGCAGAGUCAAGACUCUUGUAAGGAUGAUGUCUUGAAUUAAAUGUUUAUUUUGUGAAGCCAUAUGAAAUUCAAUCUUUCCCCAUUUUGGUGUUUGUUCUUCAUUUUAUAUGUACAUACACUAGUUGACAGAUUGUGGCAUGCAGUCAGAAGGCUACAUUAAUUGAUGCGAAGUGACUGACAGCCAUGUUUAAAACUGGGUUGAUCGAAAAUGACAGCAGCAUAGUCACAUGAAGAAAAGUGGGUUGAUUUAAAGUGAAUGUAACAUGUAUCGAAUGCAUAUAUGUACACAAUGGUUGAUUGAUAAUAGCUGUACAGUGAGUGAUAUGUCCAUGCUAAGUAUCAAGUGAAUAUGGCAUAGUGACGUGUACAAGUUGGUUGAUGUAUAAAAGUGACUGUUACAUGUAGUUUCAGGACUUCCUACAGC